CGCGCACAUCUCGCAUACGUAUUAGAACGUUCUACGCAGCAACCGACGAAGCAUCUUUGUGUGUUAUUCUGUCACGAUGGAUUCAUUAUUGCUUCCGUCGCCUUUUGUGCUAUUAUUGAGUACUCUGAUUAUUAUCGGCGUUCUGAAAAUUAUCUCUGUACUGCAUCACACAUAUUUUUACUGGAAAAAUAAGGGUCUACCUUACCUGCCAAAUUCGUUAUCAUCUUUUAUAACGACAUGGAAGUUGAUAUCGGGUUACAUAAGUUUUACCGAUUAUUGCCAGUAUUUGUACAAUUACUUCCCAGAUGCUAAAUACGUUGGAAUAGUGGAAAUGUUCAAUCCUACCCUGCUUGUGCGCGAUCCCGAACUAAUUAAAGACAUUGUUGUGAAGGAUUUUGAACAUUUUCCGGAUCAUCGCAGCUUCAUUGACGAAAGUGUAGAACCAUUGUUUUCUAAGAACAUUUUCGCCUUGCGUGGAGAUCGUUGGAGAGAAAUGAGGAAUAUCUUAAGCCCCUCUUUCACUGCCAGUAAAAUGAAGUUUAUGUUCGAUUUGCUAUCAAAGUGUUCUCACGAUUUUGUCGACUAUUUGGUGGACCAUCCGGAACUUUGUCAUACGAUCGAAACUAAGGAGGUCUUUAGACGAUACACUACCGAUGUAAUUGCUACGUCAGCUUUUGGAAUAAGUGUAAAUUCUAUGAAAGAUCAAAACAAUGAAUUUUAUGUAAAGGGAGUGGAGACUAUCAAAUUUCCUACAGGACUACUAGCAAUGAUCAAGUUGAUGAUCUUAAUGAAGUAUCCGUGGUUUGCUAAAUCAAUUGGUCUAACUUUUUUUUCGCCGAAUACGGCCAAAUUUUUCAAAAAAAUCAUACAAGAAACACUUAGAGCGCGUGAAGAACAAGGUAUCGUUAGACCAGACAUGAUCCAUUUGUUAAUGCAGUCUCGAGAUAAAGAAGACACUGUUCACAAGAUGUCAUUGAACGACAUUGUUUCGCAAGCUUUUAUCUUUUUCAUUGCGGGUUUUGAAACUUCUGCGACCUUAAUGUGUUUAGUUGCUCACGAACUGGCGGUUAAUCGAGAUGUUCAAGAUCGUUUGUACCAGGAGGUACAGCAACAUCUUGUCGACGGAAACGGUGAAAUUUCUUACGAGUCGCUAAUGAAGAUGUCUUACAUGGACAUGGUGACUUCCGAGACUCUUAGAAAAUAUCCACUAACGGUUUUCCUUGAUAGACGUUGUGCAAAGAGAUACGAAUUACCUCCAUCGCAACCAGGCUGCAAGAACGUGAUUGUCGAACCUAACGAUGGUUUGCUGUUUCCUGCUUAUGCUAUACAACGCGAUCCGAAAUAUUUUCCGAAUCCGGAUAAAUUCGAUCCCGAAAGAUUCAGCGAAGAAAACAAAGAUAACGUAUUCCCAUACACUUAUCUACCAUUCGGUCUUGGGCCCAGAAAGUGUAUCGGCAAUCGAUUUGCUCUUAUGGAAACUAAGAUCUUAAUAGCUCAUCUUUUACAAAAGUUUACUUUGAAAACUACGGAAAAAACCGUCGAACCUAUUGUAUUUACUAAAAAGGAACUUAUGUUGAAACCUGUUGACGGAUUCUGGGUUGGCUUGGAGAAGAGAGAAACGUAAAAAUUUUGCAACAGAUAUAUUAUUUUACAAUAUAUAAUAUGUAAUUUGUGCGAAAAAGUAUUAUCGCAUUUUGUACUUUCAAAAUAUUCUACGCUUUCAAACAUAAUUAAAAUACGCAGUAAAAUUGGUUUGCAAUUUAUUACAUUAUCAUUUAAAUCAAAUGCAGAAAUCGAAUGUUAUUAUCAAUGCUAAAAAAAGCAAAUUUUUAUUGAUGUGAAAUGAAGAAAUUAAUAAGUAAUUAAGUAUUAAGAAAUAUUAAUAAGUAUUAUAAUAAUAAACAUUGUGUGCUUUGCUUAGAUUAGCGAAUUUAUUCGAUCGUACUGGUUAUUUUAAUGACUUAUGAAAUUUGUACUGAUCGCCUAAUAGGUAUAAUAAAGGUUUAGUAGUAUAAUGUUUUUAAUAUUUUAUGCAAAAUUGAAUGUUUUUAUAAUGCAAACGUUUAUUUAACUUUUUUACUUUUAGAAAAAUUUAUUUUCUUAUUAGUGCAGAGUUACAGUUUAGAGUUAGAGUUAGAGUUUAGUAAUUUAUAUAUUUCCUUACAAUUUGUUGUAAACUUAAGCAAUCUAAGUACUAAGGUAGAAUACAAAUUAAGCAUUAAAAUUAAUUAUUUUAUAUUUUGAAAAAGAACAAAUUAUAUUAUACACACAGACACACAUUAAUUGAUGCAAUAUUAUGCGCGUAUCACAUACGCAUUUACAUCUUACAAUAAUUAUAAUACUCUUAAUAUGUUUAAUAUUAUAAUACCUCUUAUAUGUUCAUAAAUGUUCCAAAAAAAAUUAUUAUAAUGAAAAGUA